AUGACCUUUGACUUUCACCUUUCGAAGACCUUACAAGGCCUUGAAGGCUCGAUUGCUGCUCUGGCAUUCUCAAACGACUACCGGUAUUUGGGCAGUGCAAGUCAAAAUGGUUCGGGAGAAGGAAUUGUCAGAAUAUAUGAUGUGGAAGCUCAAUUCCAGACCUUCUGGUCGCAUCGACGGCCAUCUCAAUUCGGCGUCAUCAACUGGGAUAGGGAUUGCAGAUUAAUUAUGGGCACUGUGACAGGAGAGCUGCUGAUGAUCAGUCCCAAAGCACAAAAACUCCAUGCAGAGCCCGACGUUAUCCAUACAUUCUCCUCGCCCAUCAAAUCAAUCGAGUUCAAUAAGUAUGGGAACAAAAUGUUGAUCUGCGCUGGUCGGGAUAUCAACGUCAUGGAAAAAACAAAUGCAAACUACAGUCUCCAAUAUUUACCGGUCGUUGUCAGUAGUGCCCACUUUUUGAAAGACCAGAGGCACUCUGUCAUUGCAUUCCUGCAUCAUGGGCUUUGGAAAAUCAAUCUUGAAUCAGGCCAUAGCCAAUGGAUCAUCUAUCCGGAAAAUCGAAUAGGAGGAACGGCAAUCACACCAGACUGUGCGGUGCUAAUCACGGCAGGCUCUAGGAAAGGCCUUGAUUGCUACAGUGUAUCUACGGACCCAUGGACGAAGAUAAGCACAUCUCUUGGGCGUGAGGAGCUACCUAUCACAUCGAACACAUAUCUGCCUAUCAGGUUUAUGAAUAGGGGCCGCGCGGCGGUGAUGGGGACUGCUAAUGGUCGUGCAGUAAUCUUUAACGCGGAACACGGAGAAAGGAUACAAACCCUUCUUCAUUCUUCCGAUGUCAUGAUAAGCGGGCUGGCAUGCCACGAAGAAGCUCUUUUGAUAGUGACCGGAAAUGUGGAUGGCAAGAUUUGUGUCUGGGUUCGUGGGCCCCUAGAAAGCGAGCAGAUUCCAUAUCUAAGAUCGCUGGUUCUCGUAAUGACGGUUCCUACCGUGGUAACGGAAUACUUGCGUGCCCAUGCAAUGCUCAUUUUGCUGGUAUUAGCCUUCAUGCUUCUUCCAUCUAGCCUUCAGCAUGACUUUCUGUAUCUUUCUUGA